AUGGCAGAUUUAACUAUCAAAUCGUUUAUUCCAAAGUCGAAAUCGAGAUUCAACCUUUUUAUAAAUUAUAAUGACACAUACAAAGAACCAUUAGUGAAAUCGAGCUCUCAGUAUCAGCUAACACCAUCUAAGGACGAUAUUUUCAACGAAGCAUACUGGGAAACUAUGUUCCCCACUGCUGCUUACUUUCAUGUAUAUAAUAAUGUCUUAGGGGAUAUUUUUGCUAUGGUGUAUAAUAACAACCAUAAGUCACUUUCCAACCACACGUUGUCAUCAUUUAUCAUUUCUAAACAUGGAUGUUCUGUCUAUAAUUCGCUAGAUCUCUCAAAACAGUCAAUAUACUAUCCUGCAAUUGAAAAUCUGCCUGAAAGGUAUCGUACUAGUAAAGUUAGAAAGGCGUUGGCCGUAUCAUUGCUAAAGACGUUUGCCAAAUUUGAUAAACUGCUAAUCGAUUCAUUAUACAAACAGGCAAAUCUAAAUGGAAAAGUAUUUGACUGGGAUGAAUCACAAGCUGGUUUGCUGGCAUCCGAGAUGAGGCUGCUAGAUGCAAGACCACCACAUGAUAUAGGCAGAUUUCUAUACAACCUAGGGUAUUUAACAGUGAAUGUUUCAUCGUCUUGCUACAUUGUGGAUGUUGUCUACAAUGAAGAAAAUAAUGAAUUGACAGAUAGAAAUAAUGCCAUGGCUUUUCUGCUGGGGAAACAACUAGAGCAAUUAUUUGAUCCGUUAAGUGAAUAUUCGCCCGAACCAACAGAAAAAGUUUACAAGAUUCCAACAAAUCCUGAGCCCAUAAAUGACAAUGAUCUCAUAAACUCUAUCUGUGAUGAACUAAUAAGUGUUCAAACUAACUACACGGUUCUUUUAGUUCAGUUUUUGAGAAAUUUUAUUAUACCGCUACGAGUUAAAGUGCUUGAAGGCAAAAUCCCCGGAAUUACUACAAACCAAAUAAAUAGGAUUUUUCCACCCACUAUUGAUGAAGUUACGAGGAUCAAUUGUAUUUUCCUUGAUAUGAUAAAACUUGCAAGACCUUACGGUUCGUAUGAAGUUUUGAGAGCAUGUGGUGAAACAAUUCCUUACUUCUAUAAGGCCCAAAUGAGACACGAAGGCGCAAUAAAGAAUUUUUUAGCAGGUUAUGCGUCUAUAAAGGAUAAACUGGAUGAGUCAUAUGACCAAAGAACUAUUCAGACUGCAUUAUACUCGUCUUUAAAUUUGGUUAAAAUCCAGUUAAUUGUCCAAAGACUGUAUAGAAAUAAAGAAUGGCCGGCAAAAUUGGCUGAAAAUGUUGAUCUUUACUUGAAAUCAUGUGAUGACACAAUUUCAUCAUUUGCCAAUGAUCAGCUUAAACCAUACAAUGGGCGAAUAUUCACACCAACGGGGAAAAUCUUAACAGAAAUUGCAGAAAAUUGGCCAUCAUCAUUACAAUAUGGCUGGUUGACUCGGAGAGUUGUAGCAGUUUUUGAUGUUAUUGACGUUUUACAAGAUACUGUUUAUGAUAAGGCGGUAAUAAUAGUGUUCAGUGAUCAUGUUUUAGUUCUAAGUAUAAUUGAUGAUGAGUAUUAUAGGACACUGUGGGACUCCACAACCAAUAUCCAUAAACCCAAUGUAUCUGACAUUUUGAUGCAUUCUUUAACCAACGAAACACCUUUGAAUAAAUUACCCAGAAUGCGAGUGACUAAUUGGGUUUCAAUUAAUGACAUCUAUUCCAUAUAUUAUUAUCAUGAAAAUCGAUCAUUUGUACGAUUUUUCAAUAUAAAGGAUGAUUUGUACACUGGAGUAUACCAACUAGAUGAAGGUGUAUCUGGCAAAUACGUUACCGAAGUUUUGGCACGUUCGAAAGUUCUCAAUAAAUCACAGUCAUUUCACCUAUUCUCUGGUUCAGAAAAUGAGAAUCUGAAAAGAGUCUAUUAUAUAGCACAUGAAAAGAAUGGUUACAACAAUGAGGUUAUGAAGUCACCAUUUUUAAUAUUAUUCAAUGAAAAGUAUACAUCGACUUUGAUGAAUAAAUAUCCAAAUGUUUUCACUCUAAUUACCUUGAACUUUGUCAAUGAUUCGGUUGUAAGGUUGGAAGGAGAAACUAAAUGUAAUGACGAAGACGGCUACUUUUCAUAUGAAAUCGAGGCAGAAAAGUUAAGUGAAUCAUUGACUUCCAUAUUCAGUGAAUUAUUCACAAUGCAUAUGAGCAUCUAUAAUAAGGAUAUGAUUGACUAUCUAAUAAAAAAUAAUGGGUAUUUGAACAAACGAGUCUACAAGGUGGUUGAAGUACCAUUUGAGAAGUUAGAAAGUUCAAGGCAGGAGAUUCUAAAUAAAAAAGUAAUUGAAGUUACUAAGACUAGGGACAGUCGUCCAAGAUCGCAUGAGCUAUUAAACAAACAAGAACAACGUAAAAAGUCACUGUUUGAUAUAUUUAAACGGGAAAAAUCUAAUCAACGUCAAUCAAGUGUUGUUCACCAUGUUAGUCUGAGAAAGGAAUUGAAACCUACAAAACCGUCAAAACCAUCCAAAACUUUAAAGCUGCCAACCCCGUCAGAAACGACAAAUCCGACAGCGCCGGUGGAAUACAAAGAAGAAGUUGAACCAGUGUCUGUGAAGAACCACAUCAAGCGUGACUCUCAAAUGACAGCACCUUUGACUGUGGAAGGAGGUGAAUCACGAGCCUCCGCAUCGAUUUAUGUGAAUUCACAUUUUGAAUUCCCAAUGGAAGCGCCAAAACAUGCUGAAAUCAAGGAACCAAUGUAUGCGAAAUUAGAUGGGACAAAGAAACGUACGUACAAGGAUUCUGUUGAUAUUAUGGGCGGGAUGCUCCAACCUGGGAAGGAAAGGGAAUUUGUUAGUUACGAUGAUGAUCUAUUUGAGCUUUUGAAGAAACCCGAACCAAAGUUAGAAUCUCUUCGUGUUAUAGAGACACCAACACCACCUGUUGAGUGUGUUGCAGAGCCGGUGAGGAGAGUCAAACCUGUUGGAAAGAGCACAUUCAACAAGAGUGAUUCUUUCUAUUUCAAAUUUCAACACUUGAGAGACGAACAAGAGAGACAGCUGCGACGUACUGGUAUCUCACAAGUUCGAGAUGUUGGAUUUUCAUUGCCUGCCUUCAAUCCCGGUGUGUGUGAAGAAGAGGGAGAGAACUGGGAAAUUGGAGAAGAGUCAGUAGAAGAUGUGAGUGAUGUGGCAGAUACCGUACACGUUGGAAAUGAUGAUAAUAUCCAAUUAAUGGAAGAAAAAAUACUAGGCAGAGAGGAGGUUAGUGACGUUUUUGGAUCCCCAGUGUCACUUGGUAAUCCUCUGUCUCCAUUUUUGGAUUUGGAGAUUAGCCGAUUCGAUAUGUCUAUGGGGGACGAUUUGGCUGCAACAUCUGGGGAUGAAUCCCACAUAUUAGAUGAUGGAGAAUUUGAUUACUUGGCUAUGAUUGAGUAG